AUGGCCAGGCCUCUGGAGCAGGCGGUGGCUGCCAUCGUGUGCACCUUCCAGGAAUAUUCAGGCCGUUGCGGGGACAAGCACAAGCUCUGUCAGGCAGAGCUCAAGGAGCUGCUGCAGAAGGAGCUGCCUACCUGGACCCCGACGGAGCUUCGAGAGUGUGACUACAAUAAAUUCAUGAGUGUGCUGGACGCCAACCAGGACUGCGAGGUGGACUUUGUGGAGUACAUGCGCUCCCUCGCCUGCCUCUGCACCUACUGCCACGAGUAUUUCAAGGGCUGCGCCCCCGACCCUCCCUGCUCCCAGUAGGCCCUGCUUCCCCCAGCCCCGUCCUGUACCCUCCGCAUGGUUACCCUGGGUUGUUGGCCCUGUGCCCGUGAGGCCUGAGUCAUGAGGGGACCUCCUCAGCAUCAUGGCUGUCAUGGCUAGAGACAGAGCAGGCUGCUGCUGCCUCCCGACUGAGGCCGCGGUGGUGGGAGGCGGCCAGCGCUCAGAGCCUGUGUGCACACGGGAGACCACGACAGGGAAAGGCCCACUUAACUCCUA